CAACCGUGGUGCAUGUGUGUGUCGUAUCAACCGACAUUCCUUGACCUCUUUCCCUAACCUAAUUCCGACGUAAACAAAACUUUGCCAACAUUUUUUUUCUGAGUGUGUUCAUAGUUUUGGAUACUCGUCGCUUGGACAAAUAUGAGAUGACCAGACCCUGCGCAGCAGGCGGAGAACUUUCGGAAAUACAGACAAGUCGGAGAAACACUGGCUUACAUUCCAACAUUAAUAUUCAUAAUUCCAAACAGAAUGGAAUUACAGCCUGCACCGGGCAAUGAAGACCACGCCCUUUGCUUUUAAACAAAUAUAUAAACAUACCAAAUACAGUUUUAGAACAGUGAUACUUCAAAAAUGGCUUCUGAACAUUGUUAUUUGAGCGAGAGCGCAAAACAUAAUCGACUAAAAAACGGUAGAAAAUCGAUAAAAAUCGAUUUAACAUUUAUAUUUGCGUUUAUAUUAGCAACAAACGUACCCGUAGUCAAUGCUAGUGAAACGAAUGAAACAAUAGUGGAAGACAUACCAAAACAAAUGAGAAUCAUCGAAGCGAUAGCAGGACGAUCUUUUUUUAGUGAUGUGUACCAAAAUGGGACAUUCAGAACUGGUAACUCUUUGUGGGACAAUUUAUUAAACAAGUGUACAGUGAAACCGUCAGUGAGUUGUCUUCAGAAGAACGUUUAUUCAUAUUUGGACGACAAACUUGCGUUCGAGGGUGAUAUCGACGUGGGCGGUGGAGUGUGUUUCAAGAAGAAUGGUGUUGAUAUAAAUAAAUAUACUAAAGAAGCGAAUGUCAUCUAUCGUACUGGCAGUAGUGAUGAAGAAAGAUUACUUGAUGACGAAAAUGAGAUCGACGAAGAAGAAGAACCAGAAACGCCGUUUGAAGAAGUGACGGACAGCUUAUAUUCCAAAGGAGUAAAGUUCUUAGUAACACAUGAUAUGAAAGUUAAACUCCCAGAGCUGUUCUUUCACGGGGCGACUUUGAAGGUGUCACCAAGGGCUCUGACCAAGACUGGUGCCUUAGUCCAUAUUGACAUCGAGCCGAGAGACUCCGAGGGCCAUGGAAGGCUGUUCUUUCAUAAAAUCAAGAAAUACAUCAAAAGGAAGUUACUGAUGGCAGCAUUAGCGAUAAUAUUAGUUAUCAAGUUGAUAGCACUGAAACUAAUAUUUGUUCUGCCUCUUAUACUGGGUGUCACUACUGCCAAGAAGAUGUUCCUGAAGUUACUACUGUUUAUCUUCCCUGCAUUGAGCCACAUCUUCAAGUUAUGCUCUUGGUAUCACAAUAAUUACCAUACGACGAAGUACCAUCAUCAUCAUCAUUUGAUAACGCAUCAUCAUAAGACACCACACGCGCCAUACCACCACCCCCACCACGAGUCUACGAUAGUGGUGCGUCCCCACGCGGCGGGACCCCCUCACCCCCACCACGACCACUACCCCGCAACACACGAGCAUUACCCCCAGGAUUGGGAACUGUCUGGUCCUGGACUUGGCAGCGAAUAUAUAGCGUCAGGAAUACAUCGAAACGCAAUAGCCAAUUUCAAACCUGACGUAAACGAUGUCAAUGAAAUCAACGCAUGGGGACUUGGCUUCCCACCUGGUGCUGGACAAUCUCUAAAUUCAGGGGAAUUAGCGAACAGCAACGUAGUUCCUACAGUGGCUCAAAAUCCGGGACAAAAACACUCUGCCAGCAAUAAUCCUAACAGGCCGAUUGGACCGCCGAACCCAUACUUGAGAAACAAAAAAACGACACCGAAAGAUCCUGCGCAAGCGGAAAAGGAAGCGCUGAUCAGAGCAGCUGCUCUAGCUGCGCGUGCGCCACCGUCGCCAGUGAGGGAUGAGAUACUCCGGGUAUCAGCUGCCAAGCUGAAAGAGAACAAUCGAGUCAAGCUAGAGACAGACCUGGUGAAACAGCAACAGCAGAUAAUUGCGGCUCAGGAUCCGGAAACGAUGGCAGCGGAGAAAUUCUACGGUCAGUUACUGGAGAAAGUUGACAAAAUUCUGACGUCAUUCGGCGCGACAGAGCGAGGGUGUCGUGAGCGAGCGUUGUGCGGGUUGUACCGACAACCAUUCAAAUAUGCCCCGUAUAGCAACCUGGUUUCCAACGAACUUAGCAAAGAUUCAAGCGAACUGCUUCCUCCAGCAGACAGCAAGAACGCUCUUCGGUACUACAUCUACGUACAAGCUGCAAGAGAUGGACAGGAGGGGAAGGACUGCACCGCCACCUAUCCGAAUUGCGAUACUGAUUAUAAUAAAUAAUGGUGCCCAUUCGUGCGCACACAAAAACAUAAUUUUAGUUUGACAGGUCUUAAACGAAUGCCGUCUUUCACUUACAAUACGAGCAAGAAAGAGAUGUAGCUAGUCUAACACCCGUAUUCUAAGACGUUAAAUCGAACCUUCUUCGACUCUGUCCUCAGUUGAGACAUUCACCUCGAAUUUGGCUCAAAUAUUCUUACACUUACAGCGACGUUGAGUAGAGACAUGACGUCAUGACUUUCGUAUUGUUUUGUUGGCAGUAUGAUAUGCUCGACUCCAGUAAGUAAAGUCCUCAAAUCGAGGAUGUAAAUGUCAAUCCUGGCAACGUGAUAAUUAUUCAUGAUCCAAACAGGAAUUCCAAAAGAAAUUCGACAACCGGUUUAGGCCACUGCUGGAUUCAAACCUGCGGCCUCAAAGUGAGAGGCAAGCGUUCUACCAAAUGGGCUACAUCGGCUCUAUAAAAUGUCUGAUAAAUGUUCUGGUGAAAAAGUGUCGAGUAGUUUCACACCAGACGACAUUUUACGCCUUCUGCACUGUCAGAGGUCAACGCCCGCGUGUAAUUUGUAGGUGCGUUUAGAAAAUAGAAUAGCUAAUUUGGCUUACGUGGUAACUCGCACACAUGAAAACUGGCACGUGUGCCAGUUAACACUAACAAUGGAUCUAUGUGGUCGACUUGCCCGAAAGGUUACUCGUGCGGGUUGACUACUUUAAUUAUAAUUUUUCACAGUAAAUUAUAUUGACGAUUCGAAUCAUAGUAGAAAAGGCGAUUCAUUCGAUUUACUGAAUGUGACCCAUAACUUAAAACAUUAACUGUUGGCAUGGUUAUGCUACCGCGCACAACGCGACUACUAUCUCGAGCUUCGACGUCAUUCACUGCGUCUAUUGGUCAAAGUUUUAUUUAUCGCGUCACACGCGACAGCGCAGCCCGUGCUCAUCCCGUCUGUUAUAUUUAGAUAUAAAUCAAUCCAGUCACUAGGACAUUAGCUUGAUGUUACUAAUAGAUAUUAACAAUUGUAGAGAAACAUUCAAUAUGUUAUAUUUGUUCAUAGAAUACUUGUCAAUAUACUUAAAAGUUUUAUCGUAAGCGUAGGUAAUGUAUAGAAUGACGUAGACUUAAUUUGAAUUAUUUAUUUAUUUCAA